UUGACCCUAACUUCAAUAUGGCGACUCAGUCUGAUGCGCACCACACUCCCCUCGCUAAUAUCAUCCAUUCAACAAAAAUGCUGAUAAACCACGACGACCCAUUACAAUAUGUGACAACAUUUGCUGAGAGAUCCGCUGCAAAAAUCCUCCGAUCAUUUAGGUGUAUCUUCAUCAAGGGGAAAUCUGGUUCAGGUAAAUCCAGGAUUGGAUUAAAACUUCUUGAUGAUAUGUCAAAAGAGAAAGGGUGCAGGCCAAUUAUACUUACGUCGUAUAACGAAUGGAACCUGAUUCCCCAAACACAGAGAACCUAUGCUACUAAUAACAACCCUAAAUAUGUUGUGAUGCUUGACAACAUUUUUGGAUGCAGCAACCUUGGCAAACUAGGAUGGACGAGUGGAGCAGGUUGUUUGACAUCAUGUGGCUGUAGAAUCUGGACACAUCUAUCUCAUCAUAACAUCCAGACCAAACAUCAGUGCCCAGUGUGAAAGUCGCCUCAAGAAAUACACAUUAUUCAAGAACAUCCGGAAAUUUUCACUUGACUCAGUACAGCAUUCUCUUCGGAAAAGUGAAAAGAAAAGAUUAUUGAAACAAUAUUGUGGAAAGUUACAUUUUUCAGAGGAAGAAAUAAAUGAAAUUACAGAAAAGAUCUCUUGGGUUCCAACAGUGCUGCUCAUUUUAUGCCGGAAGUAAGCAGGCAAAGGUUGAAGGGAUUAAGUUUUUCUGCAGACCGGAUGUAUACAUGACAGAAGAAAUCACAACUCUUAAAGAAAGUGAUCCUCUGGGAUAUCUCGUUCUCCUGCUCGUACUGGUGAAUAAUGACGCCUUAGAUAUAAACCUGUUGAAACAGAUAAACACAGCUCAAACUGUCAGAAAGGUCAUUGAUACCUUAAUACCCCUGUGUGACAUUGACUCAAGACCAAGUUUACGUACUAUUUUGACAAAGGCUGAAUCAAUCUGUGGUAUAUAUUUGCGAAAAGUUGACAACAUUUUAAAGUGUUACCACCAGUCAGUAUUUGAUGCUGUUUUCAUAUCUUUGGCCUCGAUAUCGCCGGCGAUGUGCCUUGGAAUAUGUCUCGCAGAACUGCUUCUGGAACUUGUGAGAACAGAGAUACAUUAGGCAAGGGCAAAUGAAGUGGUGGUCAUUGUGUCGAGGGACGAUUAUGGUAUUCUAGCUGACCGACUCACCCAGCUGCUGUUGUCUAAUGACUCUCUACUUGUUCUUGACCAUCCAGCUCUACGUGAUGCCGAAUUUGCAGACGUGAUGUUCAGAAUAUGGAAAGAUGGAGGAAGAUUGAGUGACAUAUUGACAUUGCAAUGCCAUGUCACUUGAAAAUUAGAAUUGGAAAACCAGUAGAAGAUUCGCCGUAUCAAAGCCUAUUCCAUUGCUCAUACAUCCCAUCGUGUAUGGUUAUCAAAAACAUAAGGACACUAUCUGAGUUGUUGAUCGCCGCCAUUGAUAAGCAGUCUCCAGAUGCGUUACUGACGGAACUAUUAACAAGCGCGGUGUAUGUAAAUGAUCACGAUCUGAUCAACUACAUACUUGCCAUGGGGAGAGUCCCCGAUAUAACCAGCACUCGAGCUCUCUGUGGAUCACCCUAUUCACCAGUCAAUACAGACCACAUCAGCCAAGAGAUCCUGUCAUUUGGUAUACAGUGGGAUCGGUUGAAAAAUACGUCAUUGCUAUUUUGCUCACGCAAAAGCGACACUUUCUUGAAAUGUUCCUUGAACGUAAAAUACAAAAUGAGGACAUGUGUGCAUUACGGGAUUGCUUGAAAGUUCUUUGCAGCGUGUUAUCGAGAUCAGAUAAACAUGCUCAUACCAGUCCUGGAAAUAUAACAAUUGACUAUGCUGUCAGGAGAAUCCUCGCAACGGAUUGU